ACUAAUAAAUUGAAAUGAUAACAUCAAAGCCAAAAUCACUAACACAGCAUGUGCAAUUAAGGAGCUUGACUUGUAUACCAACCAAAACAGCAAAAAACGUUGUAGUUGAUAAUGACUGCCCUGGUUGCUGUACACCCAUAAGUUGACCUGAUGACCUCGCAUGUCAGAUGGGAACGACCGUCGUGCUGUAUAAAAACAACGACUGCUCUCAAUUCCGAACACAAAUGAACACAACAGCCAUAACAGACAUGAGAGGUAGACUGACAAGUGCUUGCAUUGCAGUUCUUUUGUUGCUGGCUCUAGUGUGUGCCUGUGAUGCCUUGAGUGGAUCGAUUGAGCGGAAACCUGGGUGCAGAGUCAACUACAGCGUCCAUGGUAGAGUGAGCGGCUGGAAGUGGAAGUGGAGAGCUCAGUGCACUGAUUGCACCCAGAUUAGCGAAUCCGCCACGAAAAGUUCCCGCAGCGGCGCCAUUGAACACUGCCUGGAGCAGCUCAUGGCCAAAUUGGCGCGAAUGGGAAAACUCUGAAAGAUAGCGCGCAGAUGUAGGUGUCGUCUGCUGCUCACGUGUACGUAGUGAGAAGAUGGGACGUUUGUCAACAUGGACACAUUCUGAGAAAUUAUUAUAAAUAAUAAAACCCUGAUAUACUGCGAAAUAAUGUGUUACUAUUAUUAUUAUUAUUUUACAUGACAUUAUUUGUGAAAGCAAAUAUGACCUGAUAUGACGAAGAAAUUUUUUGUGAUUUAUUUCUCAUUAGUAUACUGUGACGCAGACAUCCAAACACAAUUAAAUUAACAGCUAUUUUCGAAAAUAAAUAACGCAUCUCGCGGGUUCAUUUUCUUUUCAUGAGUAAAAUAAUGAUAAAAACACAUACAUGCCACUUCAACUCCUUGUUUUAGCAAGUGUUUUUCUAGAGCAUCACAGUUUGAAUGCUACUACUGUAUGUAUAUUAAAAAAAACGCACACACGAAGACCGCCACGCUCACUCGUGCAUUACUAUACAAUACAUACUGUCGUCUGUGUAUAUGCUAUGCAAGAACCUGCCUGUGAAACUAUACAUAAGAGGGGAUCCUCAAUAUUACAUAUGUGACAUUUUACUUGAAAAUAAAUAAACUACAGUAUGUACGGUAUUUAAUACAGACAUAUUUUGAAA